GGAAGUUCGGAGCACGUGACCGGGUGACAGCCCUGGUUUGGCUGCUGGGCUCUUUUUGGAGCUGCGGCACGGGAUGGCGGAGGCGCCUCCUGUCUCAGGUACUUUUAAAUUCAAUACGGAUGCUGCUGAGUUCAUUCCUCAGGAGAGAAAAAAUUCUGGUUUAAAUUGUGGGCCUCAAAGGAAACUAGACUCUAAUAGAAUUGGUAGGAGAAAUUACAGUUCGCCACCUCCUUGCCACCUUUCCAGGCAAGUCCCUUAUGAUGACAACUCUCCUAUUCAUCAGCACAAUUAUCAUCCUUCAGGAAGUAAACCUAAGAAUCAGCAGACUUCUUUCCAGUCCUCUGCUUCUAAUAAAUUGCCCAAGAGCCACAGCCUUCAGAGCCACCCUUGGCAGAAACUGAAGAGUGAAAAGCACCAUAACAGAGUCAAGAGAGCACAAGGUCUCACUGAUCAGACUUCAGAUACAGCUGGCUUAGAAAGUGUGACUACGUCAGAGAGUACAACAAACCCCAGAGAGCGCAGCCCUUGUGAGAGUGAGAAGGAAGUUGUUGGCGCAGAUCCUAGGGGAGCAAAACCCAAAAAAGCAGCCCAGUUUCUGUGCAGCUAUGGUAGAGGACCAAAAGUCAAGGGAAAACCCAAAAAUGAGUGGAGUAAUAGAAUGACUUUGAAACCUGAGGAUGCCGGACCUGAAAAUACCAAACCUGUGGGGGUUAUCCAACCUGACUCUUCAGAUCCAUCUUUGAGAAAAGGAAUGCUGGAUGGGUAUGGGGCCAGACGCAGUGAACAAAGAAGAUACUCACAGAAAAGACCACCCUGGGAGGUAGAGGGGGCCAGGCCACGACCAGGCAGGAAUCUAUCAAAACAGGAGAGCCAGCGACAUACAAAUACAGGACCCAGAAACAACAUGGCUCCCAUUCCAAAGGAUAAUCUCAGUGAAAGACCAACAAAAUCUUCUUGUGACAAUGGGAACUUGUCAGUCAUCAACAAAUCUUCCAGGAGGGUUGACCCAGAGAAAUGUUUGGUGAGAGGGCAGGAUCCUCAAAUAGCAUCUCCUUUCUCCCAGGGCAAACAGAACCAUGCGCUAAAGAAUGUGGAAACACACACAGGUUCUCUAAUUGAACAGCUAACAACAGAAAAAUAUGAGUGUAUGGUGUGCUGUGAACUGGUUCGUGUCACGGCCCCAGUGUGGAGUUGUCAGAGCUGUUAUCAUGUGUUUCAUUUGAACUGCAUAAAAAAAUGGGCAAGGUCUCCAGCAUCUCAAGCAGAUGGCCAGAGUGGUUGGAGGUGCCCUGCCUGUCAGAAUGUUUCUGCACAUGUUCCUAAUACCUACACUUGUUUCUGUGGCAAGGUAAAGAAUCCUGAGUGGAGCAGAAAUGAAAUUCCACAUAGUUGUGGUGAGGUUUGUAGAAAGAAACAACCUGGCCAGGACUGCCCACAUUCCUGUAACCUUCUCUGCCAUCCUGGACCUUGCCCACCCUGUCCUGCCUUUAUGACUAAAACAUGUGAAUGUGGACGGACCAGGCACACAGUUCGCUGUGGUCAGGCCACUGCAGUCCACUGUUCUAACCCAUGUGGGAAUGUUUUGAACUGUGGUCAGCACCAUUGUGCUGAGCUGUGCCAUGGGGGUCAGUGCCAGCCUUGCCGAAUCAUAUUGAACCAGGUAUGCUACUGUGGCAGCACCUCCCGAGAUGUGUUAUGUGGAACAGAUGUAGGAAAGUCUGAUGGGUUUGGAGACUUCAGCUGUUUAAAAAUAUGUGGCAAGGACUUAAAAUGUGGGAGCCAUUUGUGUUCUCAAGUGUGCCACCCUCAGCCCUGCCAGCCAUGCCCACGGCUCCCCCAGUUGGUGCGCUGUUGCCCUUGUGGCCAAACUCCUCUUAGCCAGUUGCUGGAACAUGGAAGCAGUGGUCGGAAAACAUGCAUGGAUCCUGUCCCCUCAUGUGGAAAAGUAUGCGGCAAGCCUCUGCCUUGUGGUUCCUUAGAUUUCAUUCAUACCUGUGAAAAGCUCUGCCAUGAGGGAGACUGUGGACCAUGCUCUCGCACAUCCGUUAUUUCCUGCAGAUGCUCUUUCAGAACAAAGGAGCUUCCAUGUACCAGUCUCAAAAGUGAAGUAGAUGCUACAUUUAUGUGUGACAAGCGGUGUAACAAGAAACGAUUGUGUGGACGGCAUAAAUGUAACGAGAUAUGCUGUGUGGAUAAGGAGCACAAGUGUCCUUUGAUUUGCGGGAGGAAACUCCGCUGCGGCCUUCAUAGGUGCGAGGAGCCCUGUCAUCGUGGGAACUGCCAGACAUGUUGGCAAGCCAGCUUUGAUGAAUUAACCUGUCACUGUGGUGCAUCAGUGAUCUAUCCUCCAGUUCCCUGUGGAACAAAGCCCCCUGAGUGUACCCAAACCUGUGCCAGAGUCCAUGAAUGUGACCAUCCAGUAUAUCAUUCUUGUCACAGUGAGGAGAAGUGCCCUCCUUGUACUUUCCUAACUCAGAAAUGGUGCAUGGGCAGACAUGAGUUACGAAGCAACAUCCCCUGUCACCUGGUUGAUAUCUCUUGUGGAUUACCCUGCUGUGCAGUGCUACCAUGUGGGAUGCACAAGUGCCAGAGACUCUGCCACAAAGGAGAGUGCCUUAGAGAUGAGGCCUGCAAGCAGCCCUGUACCACCCCCAGAGCUGACUGUGGCCACCCAUGUAUGGCUCCCUGCCACCUCAGUUCACCCUGUCCUGUGACUGCUUGUAAAGCCAAGAUAGAGCUGCAGUGUGAAUGUGGACGAAGAAAAGAGAUGAUGAUUUGCUCUGAAGCAUCCAGUACUUAUCAAAGAAUAGCUGCUAUUUCCAUGGCCUCUAAAAUAACAGACAUGCAGCUUGGAGAUUCCGUGGAGAUUAGCAACUUCAUUACCAAGAAGGAAAUUCAUCAAGCCAGGCUUGAGUGUGAUGAGGAGUGUUCAGCAUUGGAAAGGAAAAAGCGAUUAGCAGAGGCAUUUCAUAUCAGUGAUGAUUCUGAUCCUUUCAAUGUACGUUCUUCAGGGUCAAAAUUCAGUGAUAGUUUGAAAGAAGAUGCAAGGAAGGACUUAAAGUUUGUCAGUGAAGUUGAGAAGGAAAUGGAAGCGCUUGUGGAGGCCGUGAAUAAGGGAAAGAAUAUUAAGAAAAGCCACUGCUUCCCUCCCAUGAACAGAGACCACCGCCGGCUCAUCCAUGACCUGGCCCAGGUCUAUGGCCUGGAGAGUGUGAGCUAUGACAGCGAACCAAAGCGCAACGUCGUGGUCACCGCAGUCAGAGGGAAGUCCAUUUGUCCUCCUACCACGCUGACUAGUGUACUUGAACGGGAAAUGCUGUCACGGCCUCCACCACCAAUUCCUCAUCACAGACAUCAGACAGACAAGAAUCCUGGGAGCAGUAAUAUACAGAAAAUAGCCAAGGAGCCAGUAAUUGACUACUUUGAUGUCCAGGACUGAGGAGAACAAGAUACACUUAAAUAAAAGAAUGAUUAGGUAUAGUGGAGACUCAUUUGCCAGCAGAUAAAUCAUGCUUGUCCCCAACUGCCUGGCGGAAUCACAGCCUCAAAUACUGUCUUUUACUGAUAAUCCAAAGCAUGAGAGUGUCAGAAGUACCCUUGUCUUCUAUUCCUGUAUAAAGUGCUUCAAUACAGCCAGAUCCGAUUGUAUGGUCACUAGUUAUUCAAUCAUGUAUUUGAAGAGGCUCCUCACCCCAUCACUGUGAUUGCUCUGAGGGCUGGGGGAACACUGGGCUUUUCUGUACAAACCAGAAUUAAUGGCGCUGAGACCAGCUUUAUGGCACUGAGUUAUCCCGACUGUUCAUCCUUCUGGAGAUGCUUGCAACAUCAGAUGCACCUUGCUUUCUUAAUCCAAACUGAUCUCAAUCUUUGGAAAGAGAGGUGAAUUUUGCAAUCUGUAGUACCAAACAUUGAAUUUAUAUACCAUAUCUGGAAUCUCACAUGUUGUUUUAUACCCAGCUCUCUUAUCUAAGUCUUUGGCCAAAAACUCUUACAGGUCUGUCUAGCUGAACUUUAACAGUUCCCAAUACCAUCAAUUUUAGACCUAGGAGAGGAGAGGGGUCAGGUUGAUUUACAGGAUUCCGGUUUCUUGAGUCCCUGGCACCUCUCAUACCAUGUCACUAAGCCUGUCUGAUGACAGUCACUUUACCAUCCACCAUGAUGGUAGAGGACAUAGAGCAAGCUCUUCCUUCUGCCAGGUUCACAUUGUGGCCUCUGAAUGCUCACACUGUGGCCUCUGAACUGACCAGUAGAGCCCUAACUCUUUUCCUAUCGCAAGUCUCAGAUAGACUAAACUGGCCUGGGUUGCUUUCUCCUAGGCCUUCAGCAGGCAUACUGACUUCCUGUCUCUGAGCUCUGGGCUUCUGUUUGAAUUUUCAAAAAACUAUGUGGACAGUCCAGCACUUAUGCCCAGUUGCCCACUGGAGGCAUUCUUAGGCUCUUUUAAGGUGAAUGCAUUUGCAAUUAUGUUAGUUUGGCCCUCUUUGCAUUGGCUCCCCUAUGCGACAUGGAGGCCAGACUUCCAGCAACUUCCUCCUGCUCCAGAACAAGCCACAAGCCUCAGAGCCUCAGAAGGAGAUUUGAGAAGUGUCAUCACAAAGCCAAGCGCUUGAUUUCCUUAGGAAGAGCACAACCACCCUUUGGUCCUCACCCAGACAACCGGUUUUGAAAGGCAUCAGGUACAGCAGCAAGAACACGCAGCUGGAGGGAAGAGACAGAAAACUACGAAACCACCUCUAUUUGGGCCCAUUUAGCAUAAAGUCAGAUGGCUCCUCCGCACAACAGGAAGCCCAUGAGUGUCUGUUACAUCUUUCAAGCGGUGGAUUCAGUGAGAGAACUGUAUGUGUGAGAGCACCUGGGAAUCAGCAAGAGGCAGGAGACCUGGUUUCAAAUUCUAACUCUGCCACAUAACCUGCUGCUGGGUGGAAUGUUAAGUGUUGCCUUCCUCACCAGCGUUAACGAGGAUUAAAUGAGAUGAUAAAAGGGAAUGCCUGGUUCAUCGUAGGUGCUGAGAGUUUAUGAAAAUGAUACUAGAUCAUUGAUACUGGAAAAUGUGUAAGCAUCUUCUUUCUCCAUUGUACCAGCCAAGUAAAAGCUUAUGGAACACUAAA